AUGUUUACCCGAAUUUUUCGAAAACCUAAAAAAGAAGCAACUUCUGUAACCACUGUAAACAAGUUAAACGAGACACUUAAAAUGCUAGAGAAAAAGGAGAAUCUUCUAAUAAAAAAAGCUGCAGCAGAAGUUGAAAAAGCCAAAGAAUUCUCUAGUGCAAAGAAUAAAAGAGCGGCGAUACAAUGUUUAAAGAGGAAGAGGCUAUAUGAACAACAAAUAGAGCAGCUUGCAAAUUUUCAAUUGCGGAUUCAUGAUCAGAUGAUAAUGUUGGAAGGAGCCAAGGCAACUACAGAAACAAUUGAUGCUUUGAGAACUGGAGCAUCUGCUAUGAAGGCAUUGCAAAAAUCAACUAAAAUUAAUGAUGUUGACAAAACCAUGGAUGAGAUAAAUGAACAAACAGAGAACAUGAAACAGAUUCAGGAAUUAUUGUCAUCUCCAAUUGGUGCAGCUGCAGACUUUGAUGAGGAUGAAUUGGAAGCGGAACUUGAAGAGCUAGAGGGUGCCGAGUUGGAAGAACAGCUUCUUCAGCCUGCAACUAUAACUACAGCUCCAGCAGCACAAGUACGAGUCCCACCUGGGCGGAAACCUACCCACCCUGCGUCUGUGAAACGCGCGGACGAGGUAGAUGAAUUGGCAGCUUUGCAGGCCGAGCUGGCACUUUGA